AUGCGCGCUGCCGCCAUCUUCCGCCCGGCCCUGCUGCUUUGCUGGCUCCUGGCGCCACGGCCUGCCCGGCCAGAGACCCUCUUCCACAGCCGGGACCGCUCGGACCUGGCACCGUCCCCCCUGCGCAGGGCCAGGCCCAUCACCGACCUCCACGCCGCGCAGCGGUUCCUGUCCAAAUACGGCUGGGCGCAGGGGCCCCUGAGGACAGAGGUGGCGUCACAGGGUCCCAGCCCUGAGGGGCCACCCCAGAGCCCCCGGGGUGCGGCCCUGGCUGAAGCCAUGCGAAGGUUCCAGAAGGUCAACGCACUGCCAGCGAGCGGGAAGCUGGACUCGGCCACGCUGGCCGCCAUGAACAGGCCUCGCUGCGGCGUCCCGGACACACGGCCCCUGCCACAGGCUGCGGCCACCUCGCCAGGGACCCCGCCGAGCGCGCCUGGCCCGCUCCCCCGGGCCCGCCCAAAGCGCUCCCUGCACAUGCUGCAGCCCAGGCCCCCCCAGCAGCCCGAGGAUGCCGCGCAUGGUGGGGGCAGCCGAGCCUUCUCCAAGAAGACACUGACCUGGAGGCUGGUGGGGGAGGCCUACAGCAGCCAGCUGUCAGUGGACGAGCAGAGGUUCAUCUUCAGGCUGGCCUUCAGGAUGUGGAGCGAGGUGACGCCCCUGAACUUCCGGGAGGACCUCAGUGCCCCCGGGACCGCAGUGGACAUAAAGCUGGGCUUUGGUCGAGGUCGGCACUUGGGCUGCCCACGGGUCUUCGACGGCAGCGGGCAGGAGUUCGCCCACGCCUGGCGCCUGGGCGACAUCCACUUUGACGACGACGAGCACUUCACAGCCCCCACCAGCGACGCGGGCAUCAGCCUCCUCAAGGUGGCCGUCCAUGAAAUCGGCCAUGUCCUCGGCUUGCCCCACACCUACAGGACGGGGUCCAUCAUGCAGCCCAAUUACACCCCCCGGGAGCCUGCCUUUGAGCUGGACUGGGCGGACAGGAAGGCGAUCCAGAAGCUCUAUGGUGCGUGCGAGGGCUCCUUCGACGCCGCCUUCGACUGGGUCCGCAAGGCCAGAAGCCGCCGCGGGGAGGUGACGGUCAGCUUCAGCACCUACUUCUUCCGCGACAGCUGGUACUGGCUGUACGAGAACCGCAACAACAGGACACGCUACGGGGACCCGAUCCACAUCCUCACGGGCUGGCGCGGGGUCCCCGCACACGUCGACGCGUUCGUCCACAUCUGGACGUGGCGGAGAGACGAGCGCUACUUUUUUAAAGGAAAUCAAUACUGGAGGUACGACAGUGACAAGGACCAAGCCCACACGGAAGACGAACAAGGAAAACGCUACCCCAGGCUGAUUUCAGAAGGAUUUCCAGGCGUCCCAAGUCCCCUAGACACCGCCUUUUAUGACCGAAGGAAGCAGCUCAUCUACUUCUUCAAGGAGGCCUUUGUGUUCGCAUUUGAUGUCAACAGGAACCGAGUGCUGGAUUCUUACCCGAAGAAGAUGACUGAGGUCUUUCCAGGAGUAGAGCCGCAGAACCACCCCUUCCGAAGCCUCGACUCGGCUUACUACUCCUACGCGCACAAGUCCCUUUUCUUCUUCAAAGGCAACGCCUACUGGAGAGUGGUUAGCGACAAGGACAAGCAGCACCGCUCCUGGCUGCCUCCCAACGGCUUACUUCCCAAGCAGUCUAUCUCAGAGAAGUGGUUUGACGUCUGUGACGUCCACACCUCCACCCUGAGCGUGUGACGAGAAAAACAGGCAAGCGAAGACAGAGGAUUUCUUCUACAAAGAGCACCGACUGGAUUUCACCAGUCGUAGGCCAUACUGUUCCCUCGGCUAAUGCCCAGUGGAAAGCGCAUCACAGGAGCUUUUACAAUACUUGCUCUAAAGAUACUUCUCAGCCAAAAAAACCCCAAAAACCCAAAAAAACAAAGAAUUAUCACAUGAACUUAAGAAGCCUUUCAGGAAAGGCCACCAGAGUACCCCAUGCAACCUGUUUGCUCUGCACGCCCUCCUGCCUCUUCCCAGCACGGACCCGCCCCCUGCUCCGCUUCUGACUUCCUGGGUAGAGGGAAGAUAGCCAGGGGCACCCACAUGACCAGGCGAGGCCACUGCCUAGGGACAGACACUCCAGGAAUUCUACCUUCCAGCACCUGAUGACGUGUAACUCUCCACAGGCACCUCCCUCUGCUGUCGCUGCAGCCAGCCAGCAGACAUGCUGCUGUGCACCUUUCUAGUUGAGGGUCCAAAGCCCACUAGCUGUCCUGCCCCUCCCUGCAGCCCAGGGAGGGCCUGGCUUUCCACUUGGCUUGGGUUUCAACAUCCAGGACUGCAUCCCAAGUGGCCCUCAACAGAACAGCUCCCUGGCUCACUUCAGUCAUGGCAGGAGACACGUGGAGUUACAUUUUAGGACCAGUAAGACUCCUGAAGCUAGUUUUUAUUUUCCUCCAUCAAUCACCCCUGGAUGUAUGUCCUUUAGCUUUCACAGAAUACGGGUCAAGCCUCUGCUGAACACAAAGCCCUGAUGUCACGUGUGAAGACAUGGACAAAAUUGGGGCAGUAAAAUCACCCGACAAAGAUUCAGUUGUCUGGAUGACCAGGCCACACACCAGUUCCUCUAAAGGAACAACUAAACAAAGCAACUUUAAAAUCAGCAAAUUACGCAUUUGAAAAGGACCUUUUUUCCCCUGGUAGGAACUCUGUAUUACUGUUUUCACAAGGGAAGACAGCUGGAAUUUCUAUCUUCCUGCUUCAAAACAAAUGUUCCUCUUGCCUGAAAGGCUGCCAGCAGCGAGGCUAGAUCAAGACCAUAACUCUGAACACCCCUGACUCCAGCCUGUUUCUACGUGAACAGAACAUCCUUUCUGAUUUAGCAAUGCAGACUCGGGGCUAGUCAGCGCACGUGUCCAGGCUUAACCAGGAGGGCAGAGCCGGUUUCGUCCCCCGUGUGUCUGCCGCGUGGGCAGCAGCGGGCGCCACUCCGACGGGAGAGACCGGCGACUGUGUACAACAACUGUACAACUUAGGUACAAUUUUAAAAGCUUUAAUGAUUAAUUUCUGAAAAUUGAGGCAAGUCUGUCCCAAGGAUAAUGCAAACUAUGAGUUAGACAACCGGUAAGAGGUAUUUCGCCAAGCUGUGACAGAUGUGACGACACGUCAGAAAACCUUGGUACAUGAGAAAGCAGUGUGUAAAAAUUCAGUGUAAAACAAGCUUAUUGCAGACAAUUCCUAGUGCAGUUCAGACUCCUUCAGAGGAGUGGCUGUGA